UCGGCGAAUCAAGCGGAUGUGCUGCGGCACAUCUAUCGUUUCAUAGUCCAUGAUGUGAUCAACUUCCUUUUCUACGGUACAAAAAAGCCGUAAGCAUACACCAAGAUGGUGAAGAUUAUGAAAAUAGGAAAAGUCGUGCUGGUCCUCAGCGGCCGGUACGCAGGAAGAAAAGCUAUCGUCAUGCGUAAUUAUGAUGAGGGUACAGCAGAAAAACAAUAUGGACAUGCUAUGGUUGCAGGCAUUGACCGGUAUCCACGCAAAGUCCACAAAAGGAUGGGCAAGGGUAAACUGCAUAAACGGUCUAAAAUCAAGCCCUUCGUUAAGAUCUUAAAUUAUAAUCAUUUAAUGCCAACGAGAUAUACAGUGGAUCUACAGUUAGAAAAAGUGGCUCCUAAAGAUCUUAAGGACCCAAUGAAACGCAAGAAGGUUCGCUUCCAGACGCGUGUCAAAUUUGAAGAGAGGUAUAAAAACGGUAAAAACAAGUGGUUUUUCCAAAAAUUAAGAUUCUAAUUGUUUCUAAAUAAAAGUCUGAUAUACAGAUGUAAAAA